AUGAAAUCACUUAUUAAACCACCACCACCACGUACAUCAUGGGAACUUUUACUCGAUGAUUACUUAAAAGAUCCUAAUUUUAAAUCCAGUUUAACACCUAAAUUAUCACCAACUAAUUCUCCAUCAUAUCAACAAUCAACACUUCCUUUACCUCAUUCAAUUUCACCUAUUCCUUUUCAGCAAACAUUUAUUCCAUCAUCUUAUUAUCAAUAUCCACUAAAUUCAUCUAAUAUUCCAUAUCAAACAAAAUCGUAUCUUCCUCCACGCCGUUAUAAAAUGACUCUUGAUGAACUUGUCUAUUUAAUUAGUCAAGUUGGUCGAUCGGAUUUAUAUCGUGAAAUGGUACAAUAUAUCAAAGCACAACAAUUAUCAACAUCAUCAAAUAUAUCGUCUUCUCAUCUUAAUAAUAAAUCAUCAAAUAUAAAUGCUAAUUCGAAAAAAACAACAACAGACUUGCUUCUACUCAAUAAUAUCAAGAAGAAACAGUGUAAUAUUUCUCCUCAAGUUCAAGAUGAAUUAAUUAAAAAAUUGAAUCGAUUAAAAAUCAAUAAAAAAAUUAAAUAA